AAUGAAAUCUGAGUUUCACAUCAUUUCUAAUCCAUUCUCGAAACUCUUCUCUUCAAUUCUUGCAAAUCCAUUGCUCAUCACGCUCUGCAUAAAGAUUUGGAGCACAGGAUCUUCUGAAUGAGACGGAGUUCAUCUACAGAGAUCGACGACAAUGGGAGUGGAAAUGCCGUCCCCGUCCUUCACUCGAGUCGUGAUCGUUUUCCUUUCAAGCGGAAUUCCAGUCACUUCCGUUUGCGAGCCAAGGACUCACUGGAUCAUGCAACUCCUCGCUCCCGAUCUCACCAGAGUCGGAUCAAUCGCAAGGGCUUGCUCUGGUGGCUUCCGGCUAGAGGACAAACGUUUUUCUACUUUGUCGUUGUUUUUGCAGUAUUUGCCUUUGUUUCCGGUUCUAUGUUGUUGCAGAGCUCCAUUAGUUUGAUGUCUAGCCCUGGAAGUGAAAGGGGGCGGUGGCUUAUGGAGCGUAUUAAGUUUGGGAGCUCGCUGAAGUUUUUUCCGGGGAGGAUUUCGAGGAGGCUGGUGGAAGGUGUUGGGCUCGAUGAGGUGCGGAAGAAGGAUCGUGUUGGCGUUCGUGCACCCAGGCUUGCUCUAAUCUUAGGAAGCAUGGAGAGCAAUCCACAAUCAUUAAUGUUGAUUACUGUGAUGAAGAACAUACAGAAACUUGGUUAUGUACUUGAGAUUUUUGCAGUAGAGAGUGGAAAUGAGCAUUCAAUGUGGAAACAGAUCGGUGGCCAGCCUUCAAUAUUAAGUCCAGAGCAUUAUGGUCAUGUUGAUUGGUCAAUAUAUGAUGGUAUUAUUGCUGACUCCUUGGAAGCAGAGGGAGUAAUUGCAAGCCUUAUGCAGGAACCUUUUUGUUCUGUACCACUUAUAUGGAUAGUUCGAGAAGAUACACUUGCCAACCGCUUGCCGAUGUAUGAACAAAGGGGCUGGAAGCAUCUUAUUUCACAUUGGAAGAGUUCUUUCAGAAGGGCUAAUAUUGUUGUGUUCCCUGAUUUUUCCCUCCCAAUGUUGUAUAGCAUUUUGGACAACGGGAACUUCUAUGUGAUUCCUGGAUCCCCGGCAGAUGUUUAUGCCGCAGAAAACUACAAAAAUGUUCACUCCAAAAGUCAACUAAGAGAGAAAAAUGGAUUUAAUGAAGAUGAUAUACUGGUUAUAGUCGUUGGAAGCUUGUUCUUUCCAAAUGAGCUGUCAUGGGACUAUGCUGUGGCAAUGCAUAGCAUUGGACCUCUACUCACAAAGUAUGCAAGGCAAGAAGUAGGAGGAUCAUUCAAAUUUAUUUUCUUAUGUUGUAAUUCAACUGACGGAUCCCAUGGUGCUUUGCAGGAGAUUGCUUCACGUCUAGGACUUCCUGAUGAUUCUAUAACACAUUAUGGCUUAAAUGGAGAUGUCAACAAUGUGCUGAUGAUGGCUGACAUUGUGCUCUAUGGAUCUUCUCAAGAAAUACAGAGUUUUCCGCCUCUACUUAUUCGAGCCAUGUCAUUUGGAAUCCCAAUCAUGGUGCCUGAUUUGCCUGCCUUGAGAAAUUACAUUGUCGAUGGUGUCCAUGGGGUUAUCUUCCCAAAACAUAAUCCUGAUGCUUUAUUGGAUUCUUUCUCUCGAAUGAUAUCAGAUGGGAAGCUCUCCAGAUUUUCACAAGCAAUAGCUUCCUCUGGAAAAUUACUUGCUAAGAAUAUACUAGCAUCGGAAUGUGUUACCAGUUAUGCACGGCUCCUAGAGAAUGUUCUGAAUUUCCCAUCAGAUGUUAAACUUCCAGGUUCUGUCUCCCAGCUUCAAUUAGAGGCCUGGGAAUGGAAUUUAUUCAGAGAGGAAGUUGUGCAGACAAUUGGCAAAAAGGUAGAUACUGAAGAGAGGAUUGCAGCAACAAGCAAAUCCAGUGUUAUUUUUGCUCUUGAAGCACAAAUAACUAAUUUUGUUAAUUUAACAAACUCUUCUGAGACUGGAAACGGGACUCUGGAGCAAGAUAUUCCAACUCCACAUGAUUGGGAUAUUUUGGAGGAAAUAGAAAAUACUGAAGAAUAUGAAACUGUUGAAAUGGAGGAGUUUCAGGAAAGAAUGGAGAGAGAUCUAGGUGCAUGGGAUGAAAUAUAUCGAAAUGCCCGGAAAUCAGAAAAACUCAAGUUUGAGGCAAAUGAACGAGAUGAGGGGGAGCUUGAAAGGACGGGACAACCUGUAUCCAUUUAUGAGAUAUACAGUGGUGCUGGAGCUUGGCCAUUCUUGCACCAUGGCUCUUUGUACCGUGGACUAAGUCUUUCCACAAGGGCACUGAGGUUAAAAUCUGAUGAUGUCAAUGCUGUUGGACGGCUUCCUCUUCUGAAUGACUCUUACUAUCAGGAUACUCUCUGUGAGAUUGGAGGAAUGUUUGCUAUUGCAAAUAAGAUUGAUAACAUUCAUAAGAGACCUUGGAUUGGGUUCCAAUCAUGGCGGGCUUCUGGAAGAAAGGUUUCCUUAUUCCCAAAAGCUGAAAAUGUCUUGGAAGACACUAUAAGGGACAACACUAAAGGAGAUGUUAUAUACUUCUGGACACACUUGCAAGUGAAUCGUGGAAUCUUGGGGGGCAGCAAUGCUCCCACUUUCUGGUCAGUGUGUGAUAUCUUGAACGGUGGUCUUUGCAGAACCGCCUUUGAGAACACCUUUCGUGAGAUGUUUGGAUUGUCGUCAAAUAUGGAAGCGCUUCCCCCUAUGCCAGACAAUGGUGGUCGCUGGUCUGCCCUCCAUAGCUGGGUGAUGCCAACCCCUUCCUUUUUGGAGUUCAUAAUGUUUUCCAGGAUGUUCACCCACUACCUUGAUGCUGUGAAUAGAAAUCAAAGUCAACCAUAUGGAUGUUUGCUUGCUUCCUCUGAGCUUGAGAAAAAACACUGUUACUGUCGGAUACUGGAAAUCCUGGUCAAUGUUUGGGCGUACCACAGUGGACGGAGGAUGGUUUAUAUCGAUCCUCACUCGGGUUUCCUCGAAGAGCAGCAUCCAGUUGAACAACGCAGGGAAUUUAUGUGGGCAAAAUAUUUUAACUCCACGUUGUUGAAGAGUAUGGAUGAAGAUUUAGCAGAAGCUGCAGAUGACGAAGGUGGUUCAAAUCAAAUGGGGUUGUGGCCAUUAACAGGGGAAGUUCAUUGGCAAGGGAUAUAUGAGAGAGAAAGAGAAGAAAGGUAUAGGGUGAAGAUGGACAAGAAGAGAACCACAAAAGUAAAACUAAUGGAGAGGAUGAAAUUUGGAUACAAGCAAAAAUCACUUGCAGGAUGAGAAGCUGGAAUUCUGAACCUUAUUUAGCCAGCUAAUUCUGAAAGCUUCUGACUGCUGACUUGGCUAUAAGAGAUUGAAAGAGAGCUUCCCUACGUGGAAAAUGAAUCAAACCAUUUUUUCGUUACAUACGGUACGUUAAGGAAUCUGAGUUCUUUCUCAAUUAUACUUACUCUACAGAGCAUUUCUAGGCAACAAAACUGAAGAAAAGCAAAGCUGAAAUUGCAGCUCGGUUAUUGGAGGCAUAUAUUACCAGAGAACACCAGGUUAUUUUGGGAGAGGUACUCUAAAUAUUCUUUAAAAUUCUUUCUUCUAUAUUCCACUUACCUCAUAUAUAGCAACAAGACAUGAGGGAAAUUCCUUUUGCUGCUGUACAACCAAAAUAGCAAUUAUUGAGGCAAUUUUGGUCAGUCAUGAUAGUUGAUGGUUUCCUUUCCACUUUCAGAUAUUGUUUUCUUCUCUUUGCAUUUAGUUCUGUCUUUUUCUCCCCUGCCAACAACUAUGGUAUGGAAAUCUGCAAACUUUGCUCAGAUCUAGAGAAUGCCAAAAUGUUCCCAUAUAAUACCCUAUUGUACUUGAGGACUUGUCUUGUAACAGACUCUAUUAUGCUAAAAAUAAAAUAUUGAUUAGGCAUUUUGCGCU